AUGGCACGAGGCAACAGAAGCCGCGGAAGCCAGCAGAGGGCAUUGAGGUACCGGGCUGCCGGAAGGCUGGGAGGACACUCUCCAGAUUUGCUUACAGCCCUUGAAGCCCUGCAGCACUGCGAGGAUGUCCGAGGUCAUCUUGCUGACCUUCUGACAGGCAUCAGAACAACACCGAAGCUUGCUUGGAGACUGGCAGCCGCAGAUGGAGUUCUCCGGAUUGCCGCAGUUGCGGCGAAGGACGCCGGAGACUUCCCUAUCCAGCUUUAUGCCUUGCAUGUGCUGGCGGCGCUGAUCCGGCAACACCAUGUCUCUGAUGGCAGCAGUGUUACCUUUGCAGGUCACCUUUCGCCAGAUGCCACGGCUGCAGCAGCAGCCGUUGCCAGCGAGGCAGCGACAAGGUUUCCAGAGGCGGAGAUUCAGCAGCAGGUGUGCAAGGUCUUCGCAUCCUUGUCAGCUUGUGGAGAACUUGCAGCGACCACGGCGCAGGCUGGUGCUGCAGAGGCAGCGAAUGCAGCUUUUGCACUGGAUCAGCGCGGCGCUGCUGGGAAGCGCCUCGUGAUGUCUGCGCUCAAGGCAUCGCACGCUUUGGGAGAGGCCGGAAUCGAAUCCACGGACGUGGACGAUCUCCUGGCGGUUCUGCGGCGCAACCUGCACAGUCCGGAGGUGCAGGCGAUGGCUUUCAAGGCCGUACAUGGCCGUCUCCUGCAGAAGGGCGACAGAAUCAGCCAAGGGGCAAGAAACCAUGUGUUGACUGCCGUGCUGGCUGGAGUUGAGGAGCAUUCUUCGCACCUGGAGCUGCAGCUGGCCGCUUCGAAGCUGCUUGCGGAUAUUUUGCCGUCUGCACGUCCUGGUGCUGCCCGAGAUCCAUUGGCAGCCAAAGCAGCAGCCGCUGUGCUGCGUGCUUGCAUCCGUUUCGGCCAACGCAACGCUGUCUCUGAGAAGCUUCAAGAGGCAUUCGUUCGCAUCAGCGAAAGUUUGCCAGCGGAGGCUUUCGCUGAUGUCCUCGAGUCUCAGCAAGCCGACUCGGAGCUUGGGCAUUGGGUCGAGGCGGCGGGCAUGUCUCGGAGAAGCCCCUCCUUGCAGAAAAGCUUGUUCCAGUAUGCGAACAGGUUGGUCUGUAGAGGCUUUGGCCAAGCUCUUGCAAAACAUGGCGCUGCCCAGAUCAUAGUCGAGGCCAUGCGACUCUCGCCCCUUGAUGCCGGUCUCCAAAGAGUUUCCUGUGAGGUGCUGGCUGCACUGGCACGGUGCGACCUGGAUGGCAUAAUCCAUGCCGGAGGACUCGAUGCCACCAUUCAUGCACUACGACGUCACCAGCCCUAUGCAUGGGUUUGCACGGCUGCUUUGCAGACGCUGCUGGUUCUGUGCGUGCAGAAAGAGCAGGCGAUCUCAAACUUGACGGAGUUGUGGAAUCUGACAAUGGAUACCUUGCGUCAGCAUCCCAAAAGCCAGAACAUCGUCAAAAUGGCGAAUGACAUGCUACUUUUCCUGUCCAAGUACGAGGCAAAGCGGGUCGGAAGAGAGGAUUGCGGUCAUCACGUGCAGACUCGAUCUGCCUGGGGGACUCGCUCCCUCGCCGAGCACACACCACCGUUGUGCCUAGGCUUUUGCCUGCAUGAGCCAGACGAUGGUUACAUUCACCUCUGA